AAUCAUGUCAAUUUAAAUUUGAGAAACAAUCCAAGUUUGUUUUCAAUUCUUUAUUAUCUACUACAUCUCCUCCUGGGGAAAAGCGUCAAUUAUAACACUAUUACACUAUUCAGAUAUUGCAUCUUCAGAGAAUCCUUUUGAAAACGUACUGAAUACUGCAAAAUAACUACAAAUAAAAUGUCAAGUCAAUGUAACCUACCAGUAGAACCUCCUACUGAUGAUACCAUUCUGUGUUUGUUUUUCUCUUCCAAGUUUGAUUCCAAUACAUUACUUCUUGAAGAGCGGUGUUUGGAGCUUAAUAAUUUCAUAAAGUCCAAAAGUAAAGAUUACAUUUGGCAUCGAGAUGAGUUUCAAGUGUAUGUUCCUAUUGUCAACAAAGAUACAGAUCAACCUAGGUACCUCUGUAGUACCACAUGUUUUGGUGAUAACCUAGAAGAUGAGUGGUUUAUAGUUCAUAUUAUUUUGGAAUUAUCCAAACAAUAUAAAGACUUGAUCAUUCAAGUGAAAGACAAUGAUGGUGAUUUUCUUCUGAUAGAAGCUGCCAACUUAUUGCAGUCUUGGGCUAACCCUGAAAGCACUGAGAAUCGGGUUUUCAUUUACAACCAUCAUAUUCACAUUAUACCUCCACAAGUUGUACCACUAGAAGAUAAGCUUGAGUUACAAAAAGCUCUGAGAAUUAUAAAUGAAACACCACAUUUAACACAAGCUCCUAAUCAAAUUCAAGAAGCUAUCCUGAAUCGUAUAGGUAAUUAUCCUGAAAAAAUUUUGGAACAUAUUCAUAGAGCUGCAGUAACAUUACCUUCCAACCUCGCAACUUUAUUGACUCUAAAACCAUCUUUGAUUGCACCAAUUGUUGAUGCAUAUUGUAACCAUGAUGUGAUAGAUGCAAAAUGUUGUAAAAAUAUAAAUUUUGAUGAUUGCAUUACAAUAGAAGUUAAAUUCACGAAAUUUUUGUAUGCUUCAUUAGUGCAUUCAAAACUUAUAACUAGUGCUAAACAUUUUAUUGGACUGAAAAAUGAUAAGAAAAAUAUAUUAGGUCUUAAAUUAAUGUGUGGGUAUCAAAUUAUAAUGAACAAGGCCUCUGGCAAUGACCUGUAUUCAUCAAAAGAGUAUCAUAGAUUUUUAAAAAGCCUAAAGCAAAAUGGAUAUUUUAGAAACAAUAUUGAGGGCUCAAAAGAGUAUAGUAGCUUACUUGAAAGAGCACAACAGUAUUAUUCUACUGUAGAAUGCCCUGUCAGUUCCCAUGUUUCCACUAUUAUGACAGACCUUAUGGUGUCAAAUGAAUUUUCAACAUUGAAAGAGUCUUUGAAGUCUAUGCAAUUAACUGAACAAUCAAGCAAUCUGGGAGACAAUGAAGACUGGUUAAACAUAAAUCCAGAACAAUUAAAUCAAUUAUUGUAUACUCGCUAUGGCAAAAAGUCCAAAAUAAAAACUGAUGAUGUGGUUACAUCUCAAAGAUUAACAGAGGAAUUGUCUUCUUUUCUAAAAGAAACAUCCGAUUUUGAAGGAAUCGAGUCAGACCGCAAUGAUUUACCUGAACCAGAUAGCAUUAAUUUUGACUCUGACCAAUUUGUUUCUUGUAUAGAAAAAAUGUUGAAAAUAUUAAGUACAGGGACUGAACACAGUGAAAGUGACGAGAGUGAUGACGACAGUAUGGAUUAUAAUGAACAUGAUUCUGAUGAGUGUGAUAAGGAACUUCAAGCCAAAUUACAACAAAUGACAACAGAAAAUUUGAAAGACAGCCAAUCCGUGCUUGGUAAUAUAAUUCAAAGUGUGAAGGAAGAAAAAGCAGCACCAGGGCCAUCUAGCAAUUUAAUGAGGAGUUUAGGAAUCAGUAAAACUGAACUAUUGGAUUCUGAUGAUGAUAAUUAAAUUAUAAGGUUAAUUAUUAAGUAAAACAUUUAUUUUUGAA